AAUUUCGAAGCGACUAGACGGCCUCUACUGACCUGCACAAAACCUGUCCUCUACCAGCAUAGACGCACAACACACCCCAACCGUGUCAUGUCCAUUUCCUUUAUGGCAUACUCGUCUAUUCAGUGCUGACUGAGUUUUUCUGUACGUUUACAUCGUGAACACAUUCACGACCUCUUCAUUUACUGUAGCAACCCAUUUUUGUCCGUCCUUUACGAACACUGAACGCUUUCUUUUUCGACUUUGUUCCCUAUCUCCUCCUCAAGGCGUCAUUACAACACUUUUUCAUUUGCUUUUGUUUUCAUACGUUGACACUUGUUGGCUCUAAUCAUUUGCUUUUCUCUCUCUCUCACUCUCUCUCACACUUUCUUCCUAUCUUUUUUCCUACAUUUAUUCGCUCUCUUACAUAUUUUGCUCACUCAUCAUUUGCUCCAUCGCUCUACUGAAUCUGUGUUGAUCUGUCUAUCUUCAAAACACAUCUCUUGCUGAGCAUUCAUUUUAGCUUUUCUCACUCUUCUUUCUGUAUCUCUUUUUUCUUUUUUUUUAUCUUUGCAUAUACUGGUAUCUCUAGGACUCCAUCAUGAAGGAAGUUACUUCUCCUACACCGACGAAGGAGGAGGCCGCUGUGUUUGUUGACAACGUCCCCGUGUACCCUUCGUCUGAAACACUCAACACACCUACUCCACCAGCAGUCAAAGAUUUGGCUGACGAAGCGUUGCCUGUCGAAGCCGAUGAACCACCGAAGAAGUGGUUCACUAAGAAAAAAAAGUGCAUUCUUGCUGGUAUCAUCGUUGCCAUAUGUUGCAUCGUGGGAGGUGUUUUGGGCGGUGUGUUUGGCCAUCAGGCUCGCGAACGGAACAAGCAUCCCUCGUACAAGAAGCGCCAGUACACUCUUGUUCGAAACUACUCGGGCACCAACUUUUUCGAUGGCUUUGAGUUUCAAAACAUCACUGAUCCUACACAUGGUUUCGUGGAUUAUCUUCCUCGCAACGUUAGUCAAUCCUUAGGUUUGCUUUCUGCGAACAGCACGAAUGUCAUCAUUCGUUCCGACAGCACACACAACGUCACGGCUGGACGGCCGUCCGUUCGUAUUCAGUCUAACGACUACUACAACCAGGUGCUUGUUAUUCUUGAUCUUGUCCAUAUGCCGUUUGGCUGUGGAACAUGGCCUGCAUUCUGGAUGCUUGGUGAUGACUGGCCAAACGGUGGUGAAAUUGAUAUUUUGGAGGGUGUGAAUCGUCAGGCUGCGAAUCAAUUCACCCUGCAUACCAAGGACGGAUGCACCAUGAAGGAUGCCAAGCGCUUCCAAACCGGAACUAAUCAAGCAUUGGAUUGUUAUGUAUAUGCACCUGACCAAGGCUCGAACGCUGGUUGCGGCGUGUCGUCCCUGUCGUCGCUUUCCUAUGGCAGUGGUUUUAAUCAAAAUGGGGGCGGUAUUUUCGCGUUGGACUGGCGUUCUGAGGGAAUUCGUGCAUGGUUUUUCCCCCGUAACAGUACCCCUCCUGACAUAUACACAGCCAAUCCCCAGCCUCAUGACUGGGGUUAUCCAGACGCUGAUUUCCCCAACACGUAUUGCGAUAUUGACACAAAUUUCCAGUCCCAACGUAUCGUUUUUGAUCUUACAUUUUGUGGUGAUUGGGCUGGUGCCGAUAGCGUGUAUGACCUUUUCGGCUGCCCCUCCACCUGCACCUCUUUCGUCGCUAAUUCACCAAAGAACUUUACCGAGGCUUACUGGAACAUUAGAAGCCUCCAAGUGUUUAAGGGAAAAUAACAAUCUGACAUAUCGAACUCCCUCCUCUACCUUACUUUAUUUACAGAUACGGCUAAUCAAUAUUUUCAUGAAUGGUUUUUGUUCACGGGUACUCCUGCUAAUUGUUGCGGCGUUUGCUAGCAAAGGCAAAAACGAUGCACUUACCAGGGAUCGAACCUGGGACCGUCUGCGUUUUCAAUCUAUGUUGUAAAGCAGAAAUCAUAACCACUAGACUACAAGUGCUCACGUUUUGUUCUAGUUUUUAAUAGAUUAUAUUCACCGAGUCUUAUUAAGAGUUGUAUUUACUUGAAUUAAUACCCACUUUCUAGAC